AUGGCAUCGCCGCGUCCACCGGCACUGCCGGCGAGCGACGCGUCCAGCAGCAGCGUCACCGACAGCGGCACCGACGACUCCACGCCGCCCAACUCUCCGCAGCCGCAGCGCUCUCCGUCUCCUCCGUUCGCCGCCACGCGCGGGCCCGCGGCUGCCCGCGCGCCGCCUGCAGCGCCAUCGUCCGUGUCCUCUGCGUCGACGCCGUCACCUCCGCCGAAUCUACCGGCACGCCGGCCGUCCGUGGCCCCCGUGGGACGGCAGGCCGCCAUCCACGCGACCCCCACAGCUCCCAGACGCAAGCGCAAGGCCACGCCGCCGCGUCGGCGCCCCAGCAGCCCCGCGAGCGCCACGCAGACCGUCAAGAAGCGGAGGAAACCGGGCGAGGCCGCGCUGCGGGAGAUCCGCCUGCUGCAGCGCUCCACCAAGCUGCUGCUGCGCAAACUGCCGUUUGCGCGCGUGGUGCGCGAGAUCCAGACCGAGUUCACAGGCGUCGGCUAUCGCUGGCAGGCGGAGGCGCUGCUGGCGCUGCAGGAAGCCGCCGAGACGUACCUCGUGCGCACCUUCGAAGACGCGUACGUGGGUGGUUGA